GGAAUGUUGGUGAUUCCCCUCUUGGCCUCGGUGUUGCACGACCCGAGUCACUGGGAAUCUCCGCACACCUUCGACCCCAACCACUUCCUGGACGAAAGGGGACAGUUCAAGAAGAACGAGGCUUUCAUCCCCUUUUCCACAGGCAGCCGGAUGUGCAUCGGCGAGAAGGUGGCUCAGACGCAGCUCUUCCUCUUCCUCACCGCGCUGCUGCGGAACUUCACCCUCGGAUCGCGAGCGGAGCCGGAGGCCGUCGACAUCGCGCCCCUGUCCAGCGGCUUCUCGACCCUCCACCGGCCGUACCUCCUGCGCUGCAGCCCCCGCCAGCAAACGGGGCGCGGGAGCAGCGCGUAACGACGACCACGACGACGACCACGACCACGACGAAGACGAUGAUAAUAAUAAUAAUAA